CCUUCGUCACCUCCAUCCGCUCUCUGUGCGGCCUCCGUCCCACAUAUUUAUCCUUGAUUUCGAAUUCCACCCUAUUCCAUCAUUCUUUUAGUCCCUGGAGGCCCCUGCCUUUUUUUCACCGCUCCUCGCCUCUACCAACCCAUCCAGUCCGUCGCUUUGCUCAGUCGUCUUAGGUGACUGAUUCACUCUUUUUGACGGACUGACCGAUUAAGCCAGGAAGCCCGCCAGGGCUGUGCAACGCCAUGCCGGGGCGUUUCUCAUCCGACCAUUCUCGCUCUCUCUCGCGAUCCUCUCAAUCCCCGUCUCAACAAUAUAAUUCAACACAAGACGCCGACUCAAUGCAUCAGCGUUCUAUGUCCGGUCACUCGUCCAACCCCAAUGUCUUCUCCGAUGAUUAUUCGCUAGAGCAAAUCGAUUCCGAACAAGCCACCCUCACUCCUCGAAGUCCAUCCGUUUCAUCAAUCGCGUCAUCCAAUACCCUCCGUUCGUCUUUGCCUCAACAACAAAAAGCGUAUAACACAACGCCAAAUGAUCUCGGGGUAACAGAGAAUCCAUUUGGUGAUGAUGCACGGGUUUCUUUCGAUGAAUCACCAAAUCGGUCCAGUCUGCCCCCAAAGGGGGUCGACUUCACCAACCGCAAUUCCGCAGCGUCCACUAAUACCGCCCCUUCCAUAGCGCAGCGCAGUCAGAGCACUUCGUCACGAUUUUCCAUGCCUCCCCGGGCCUUAAGUCCUUACACCGGGGCUACAGGCCCGAGCCAUCCGUAUGCGAUGUAUCCACAGGUUGGGGUUAGCCGUUCACCCAGUAUCGCGACUACGUCUACGGUGCGGCCGAUGGAGCGACCGUUGGGCGAUGCCAAUGCACCCCAGCACCCCUAUGCGAUGUACCCACAGAAUGUGGUGGCAGAAGAAGAGAUGGACAACGCUAUGAUUCCUCCAGUGGGCUUCCCCGGACACCCCCAGGCAUAUCAACGACCACCCAAUCGUGCCGAUGACGACGUAGGGGACUUGAUUGGACCCGAUGGCCAUACAGAACAGCUACCACCUUAUUCACGGUACCCCGACCCAGUUGUUCCCAAGGUUGAGGGGACUUUUGAUCCUACUCCUGACGCAGGCGUCACUCUACACAAUAAUACUCCUAGUCCUAAUGAGCACCCCCCGCCGCCAGUUUCGGAAGUAUCGUCGAGGACGUUGGUCGCGGAAAAUAUGGCAAAUCGACGAGAUAAUGAUGACGCAGAGCGGGAAGCAGCACCAGUUACCGGUGUCAUGGCAUUCGAGGAGAAGUUGAAGACUAAAGGUAAAAAGAAGGCAUGCUGUGGGUUACCGGUCUGGACCCUUGUUUUGGUCGGUGUCGUGAUGCUUGUGGGGGCAUGUAUCGGAGGUGUCAUCGGAGGUGUCUUGGGAGCAAAAAAGGCGGCGAAUGAGGAGAACGACCACCCGAAAGGUCCGAAGAUUGUCACCAAAACAGAAACCCCCCGGAUGGAUGCCACCCCCAUAUCUACGAUUCCUACAAAUCUACCAGCUGCGCCUACUGGGAAUUACUGGAUUCCCGCGGACCCGAAGAAUUCUUCGAAAUUUUGUAUUGUCGAGCAAGACUACAACCCAUCGUGGAGUUGCAUGAAGUCGGGGAAAAUACCAGUGUCUCUAACCGGGACAGAAUCAUCACGUAACAUCACCUUCGCCAGCGAGCCGAUUUCUUCGUCUUUCACUUAUGGCGCUCAAGCACCAUACUUUUCCAAUCCUACGCAGUCACUUAGCCUAAUGAUGGACUCCAGCGAUCUCAGCCUCGGCCCCGCCCUAACUUUCUUUUCCUUGUUUGAUAAACUGGUUAUUGUCCCCCAGGAUACCUUCUCAUCUAGUGCGGUUUCAAAACGUGACAUCAGUGAGGAUGAUGUCAUGGCAGGCGCAUUUCAUCGCUUGCAAACGGCGCGGGCGGGCGAUAAACCCUGGUUUUGUUGGUGGAACAGCACCGUGAUGGAGUUUUUCCUGUACCUCAAUCAAUCCACUAAGGAGGCUCAAUACAGUUCCACUUCGACACAUCUGCCGCAGUCUACGGAUUCUUCGAGCUCUUCAGUGUCUAAUUACCCUCUCCGGAUCAAGAUGGAUGAGAAGAGAGAUUACCCAGAGGCCCAGUCGCCUUACUGCCAGCAGAUGCAGGUGCUGGAUAACGGCUCCGUUAGCCCAAUUUCCCAGCAGACGAUUCAAAUCAAGGAGUUGGAGCCGACACCAACGACAACGCUCAAAUACUCUGCGAGUGCGACACAGACUUACACGGCGACCGCACAGUAUGAGCAUGUGUGUUAUUGCGUCGCGUUGACGGAUUAGCGUCUCAUUAGAGAGGGUAUCUACUAUAAAAUCAGAGGAGUAUCGGUUGGUACUGCCUCGUGGAGCUACAGCGUCGGCGUUACCAACGGUGGAAACGGUCCAUUAUCUUUCAUGUGCAUACGAAUGAUUGGUUCUCUUCUGCGGUCAGCUCGGGAUCUUGACUGUGCUGGAAUUCUCGCAUUGUUUACAGAGUUUAUGGCAUGCAUCGCGUACACUUUCGGUUCCCCUUGCGACCUGUCGUGUCAUUUUUGGUCUUCCAUGGUGUGCUUUGACACCAUUUGUCUCCAGUAUCUAUCCAGCAUAUUUCGUGCUUUUUUCUUUUUCUUUUUCUUUUUUUUUUCUUCGGCGCAGCUUUAUGGCGUUUUUGGAUCGGUGUAGGUGGCCAAACUCAGUCCAUCGUUAUCUUUUCCUUGGGCCCACAAACUUUUGGGUUUUUUCUGUUUUUGGAGUACUUUCUAUAUUUAACAGCUCGUAUCUCAGGUUAACCAUCCAUGCCGGUGGUCAUGGUUUCUAUUUAUGGCAGUAUAGCUUGACGGUUCCAUCGUCGAAUCCGUUCGGGUUUCAUGACAGCAUAGGCGAAUAUAAUUUCUUGAUCAGCAAAUGAUCACAAACCUUACUGA